GGGAUACGUAAGUACGCGCGGUUAUAGCCGAUCACGUUGCGCCGCUGUCGCGUUGCUCGUAGAUUCGUAGGUGUCAGUGUCAGACAGACGACUUGCACGCGUUACUUUUGCGUUUGGACGAUUCCUAUGCCUCCUCUAACCGAACUGUGCUAUUGGUGAACUAGACUAGCUGUGAGCAGGUGUCCGUUGGCGAGUGUCGUUGACUCGCGGUUGAACCGUGCUUUGGUAAACUCUCGAUAGACCUCUCGCGCGAAGAAGAAUUUUUCCAGUGAAGUUUUGAAAGCGAAAACCGCUCACAGAUGACGCAACGUGUACCUAGCGCAGGCUUUUGCGACAAUAUCGUCGAAGAUCACAGUUACACGAUGUUUUCCAUGUAUCCACCGAAUUUCAACCAGGCCGACCCGUGGCAACUGAGCAAAGAGGAGAACGCAAUACUGGUAUCUCUGGACGGAUUACACAGCGGAGUGCCGACCAGAACGACGCCGACGUUGACGCCGACGACGCUUCGAAGCAUCGAACAAACAUUCUUGGAGCUGACCAGCGAGUCAGCGUCGCACAGUCGCGAGGCAGGGUUCGUGCCGCCGUUGGUGGAACCCUCGCAGCCGACGCCGGCACAGACGCAAAAUACGACGGCGCAUCACACGAUUAUCACGACCGCUGCCGGCCCCGUGGCCGCCAACACCACCCUCGUGGAGAGCCAUCAGACGCAACCGCAGCAGCCAACGAGGCGCAACAUGGGUGGUAGAAGGCCCACCAGGACGAUCGGGAUGACACCCGAGGAGGAGGAACGACGACAGAUACGUCGCGAAAGAAACAAGAUGGCAGCAGCCAGAUGCCGCAAGCGAAGAAUGGAUCACACAAAUGCCUUGCUAGAAGAGACAGAGGACUUGGAACAAAAGAAACAAAGCUUGCAGGAAGAGAUCCAUCAGCUGGAGCAGGCCAAAGACGAGCUGGAGUUCAUCCUGAAGGCGCACAGGGCCGUUUGUCGGCUUCGUUCCGCGUCUCCUCCGGACGUGAAGCCCGUGAUAAAGCCCGAGGUUCCGGUAGAGGAACAGCAAUUCGUCGUAGCCAACUCGAAACGCGAGUCCGUGCACGCCGCGAGACCGAACAGACCGAACUCGUUGCCGGUUGGCUUCGACAACAACAACAGACCAAAUUCCUUGCCGAUUUUUACCGAACCGAAAGAGAGGCCCGACUCGCUGACGUUCAAAACGGUCGAGACGCCGUCCUUCAUGAAACCGUCGCUGGACAUCGCGGGGAUGCCGAUCACGACCCCCACCAGCGGCAUACCGUUUAAUUUCGAAUCGCUGAUGGAAGGUGGUACCGGUCUGACGCCUGUCUCGACCCCCCUGAUACCAUCCUGUUCCACGCAGCAGAGAAACAAUCUGGCAGCCGUAGACCUCAGCUCCCCGGAUGCGAAUCCGCCGAAGCUCGUGAGUUUGUGACGCCAAGAGGGCCUCGAAUACGGAUCGAACGAGGACGAUCCAGAAUGAAGAGACGUUGUUUUUCGCCAACUACUUUGUUUCGCGGAUGAAUCGUUAAAAAUAUGUACAGGAGGAGGGAGGAACCAUGACGCGCGAGGGAAACUCGACGAAUUCUUUUCUACAUCACCCAGUUGCCAUACGUUGAACCGCCGAAGUACAUAGAUCUCGUCGGGCAGUAUUAAAACCGGGGAACCCUCCGCGACGGAAUUUGCCCUUUCUCCUGAUAUCUUUCGCUUCGGAGAGCCGAGAUCGUACUUUGCUUCUCAUCGGGAAUCGAUGGAGAAACACGCCGUACGAUGCAUUUCUGGAUGACUCGUUUGUAAAGAAGAAAUAAACAAAAAACACGUUGCAAUAAAGGGAUGAUAGUUGCACUGUUA